AUGUCAAAGCGAGGUAAUGGAAGGUCGGCUGGAAACAAGUUCAGAAUGUCGCUAGGUCUGCCAGUCGUAGCGACUGUAAACUGUGCGGACAACACUGGCGCUAAAAAUCUCUACAUUAUUUUGGUGAAGGGGAUCAAUGGCCGAUUGAAUCGGUUGCCUUUGGCGUGUGUUGGGGACAUGGUGAUGACUACUGUGAAGAAAGGGAAGCCUGAUCUCUGCAAAAAGGUCAUGCCCGCAGUUAUUGUUCUCCAGCGCAAGCCAUGGCGCCGGAAGGAUGGCGUCUACAUGUACUUUGAAGAUAAUGCGGGUGUUAUCGUGAAUCCUAAAGGUGAAAUGAAAGGUUUUGCCAUAAUUGGUCCAAUUGGUAAGGAGUGUGCUAAUUUAUGGCCAGGCUUCAGCUUCUAUUUGAGUGUGUUGGUCUUGAUUUUAUUUUCUUUGAUCAUGGCUACACUUGCUUUAUUUCUGCAAUGCUUCACUUCCUCAUCCCUUAUCAGUAGAGGGAAGGAUUUUUUGCCCAAAGACUUGACAUUGGUGAUCAAAAUGACCGAGUUGCACAUCUUAUCCUACAAAGAAUUAGACAGUGGAUUUGGUAGCAAGAUCCAUGAGCUCAAAGCCUCAAAUGGUUCUCCUAACAAAGGACUGAAAGUUAAAAGAGUUGCAUUUUCAAAAACCAUGGCAAGUUGUCAUGGCUGA